AUGGCUGACUCCGACGUUGCCGCACCGAUUGAACUCCCGGUCAUUGACAUCUCCGAUCCCCAUGACCCCGCCGUGGGGAAGGCGAUGCUCGACGCCGCCGCCAAGUAUGGAUUUCUCUAUGUGAACAGCAAGGGCUCUGAUUUUACCCCUAAAGACGUGGAGCAUGCCUUUGGUCUGUCAAAGAAGUUCUUUGCAUCCCCCGCCGCGGAGAAGGAGACAUGCCGUAUCACACCUAAUAACCGUGGCUGGUCAGGCAUGCACACAGAAACCCUCGACCCCGAGCACCAGCGCACUGGUGACUUCAAGGAAGCCAUGAAUUUCGGUGACUUCCAAGCCGGCAAAGCCCAACAACCUAUCCCACCAGUCCUGGCACCACACGAGUCCGAAAUUAGCGACUUCGCUAUCCUUUGCAAUAAGACCUGCAAUCGAAUCCUUAACCUGCUCGCACUGGGCCUCGAGAUGCCCCAAGACUUCUUCACAACCCGCCACGACCCAAGCAGCGGACCAACAGGAAGUAUCCUACGCUACCUAUACUACCCCUCAAUCUUCUCCCCAGCAACAGCCUCUUAUAAGCACGACAAGGACGUCCGCGCUGGCGCACACUCCGACUACGGCAGUAUCACGCUCCUCUUCCAAAAACCCGGGCAGCCGGGCCUGGAAAUUCUCACGCCGGGAGGGGACCUGGGCGCCUGUGCCCAUCGUCCCGGCUACUGGACGGAUGGAUUGCUCAAGUCUACCGUGCACCGGGUUGUGUUCCCGUUGGCGGAGCAGCGGAGUCCGAACCCGCAGGAUCGGUAUACGCUUGUUUAUUUCUGUCAUCCUGUUGAUGCGACUGAGCUUGUUCCUGUGCCUAGUGAGGUUGUUAAGGGGCAUCGGGCUAAGGCUGGAGGUGUGGGUGUUGUGGGCUUUGGUGGUGGUGCGGGGACUUUGGAGCCUGGGAAGAGGCCUUUGACUGCGGCGGAGCACUUGGAGUCGAGACUGGCGGCUACGUAUGGAUUUACGAAGGAGUAA